CUGUUUCUCUCUCUCUCUCUCUAUCUCUCUCUCUAUCUCUCUCUCUCUCUCUCUCUGCCAUGGCGUUAUUGGAGCCCUAGCUUUGAUUAUCACUACUGUGGGACACUGUGUGGUGAGUGUGUUAAGUCUGCGAUUCAUCGUUCAGAAAUCUUCGUCGUGCCAUAUCCGGAGAUGCGGUUGAGAUCCAGCCAUGGACAGGGAGGCUAACCUUCCGGUCCCACCGGAUAAAGCUCCGAAGAACCUGGUCCCUUCGGUCCUAAAUCAAGACACGUCUUCCUCUUCUUCUUCCUCCUCGCCGGAUCUUCUCCGGCAGGUUCAAGCAGCUUUCAAGCGCCAUCGCCCCCUCAGUAAAAUGCGGACAAGCACAAUCGGUCCCAGACGGAAUGUUGCCCCCCAACGAGAAGCUUCUAGGAGCUCACGUUUGGAUGCGGGUUCUAAAGGGGAACUGAAGAGAUCUCAUGAUGUUGUUUCACUGAAUCAGAGUCUGGUCGGGGAUAAUUUGAUAGAAGAUACGAGGAACAUAACCACCUGUGUUGCUGGGCAGUCUCUUGAAGAUGCUUCCAUUGCAGCGCCUUCAGUUUCGAACACUAUUAUGAAAACCUUUGACGAGAAUCUUAACCCAUCUGGCCGACAGAUGGAUGAGUCGAAGCCUGAUGUUGCUUAUAAAGAGAGCGAUCUGCAUAUAGAAUCUCACAACGUAGAUGGUCGCAUAAAGGUCCAAUCUCUAAUUGGAAACACUCUCACCUCUCAGGAUAUGGACUUAGAUGCAACAAAUCAAGCUGUGGCAUCCAAUCUUGUUGCUAACAAUGAAUCAAGGCAUCAGAAUUUCCAGACUGUAGAAUCUGAGAUCAAUGUCAAGUCGGAAAGUGGGGUUUCGUCUUCAUUGGCAAAGAUCCUGGAUCAACAGGACAGUUUCCGUAACUUCUUAGACCGGCCCAUUUCUCAUUGCUCUGUUGUGGGUUCGUCCUGCGCAACAACAACUUCAAUCCACAUGUCUUCAGCUCCAAUCCUUAAUGCAACGACCUACAUGUCAUGUUCUUAUGUAGAGGGUAACCGUAAUACAACAAUGGAACCUUCAGCUGACUCAAAUGCAAAUCCUCGGGCUGUCCAAAGUCUAGGAGAAAUGAUGCAACCUUUGCAUCCUUCAACCAAGGAAAUCAACAAUAUGCAAGUUGAUAAGAGUGCCUCGGCUAUUGAUCCAGAAGAGCCAGACAAGCCAAAGCAACAAAGCUGCACUACCAAAAGUGAAAUUUCAAUGGCAUCUUCCAGUCAUCAGAGAGAGGAACAAUUACAAUCUAAGGCUUCACUGUCCAAUGACUUGCCCACUGGCAACAACUCCCAGCUUUCGAAAUCAGAAAAGCAAGAGAAGGUUGCUAGCAACAAAGGGGCAGCCCCACCUCGUAGAAGAAACUAUGAUCCUGACUUGUUCUUCAAAGUUAAUGGGAAGCUCUAUCAGAGGCUCGGCAAGAUAGGAAGUGGUGGAAGCAGUGAGGUCCACAAGGUCAUUUCUUCAAAUUGUACCAUAUAUGCUCUGAAGAAAAUCAAGCUCAAAGGUCGUGACUAUGCAACAGCUUACGGCUUUUGCCAGGAAAUCGAAUACUUGAAGAAGCUAAAGGGGAAAACCCACAUCAUUCAGUUAAUAGACUAUGAGGUUACAGAUAAAGCUUUGCACCGGGAAGUCUUGAACGGCACAAUGAGUAACAAAGAUGGAAGAGUCAAGGACGAUGGAUACAUCUAUAUGGUACUAGAAUAUGGAGAAAUCGAUCUGGCCCACAUGUUAUCCCAGAAGUGGAAGGAAAUUGAUGGAUCUAGCCAAACAAUUGAUGAAAAUUGGUUGCGGUUCUAUUGGCAGCAAAUACUUCAAGCUGUUAACACCAUACACGAGGAACGGAUUGUGCAUUCUGAUUUGAAGCCUGCGAAUUUCCUUCUCGUGAGAGGCUCCUUAAAGCUGAUUGAUUUUGGAAUUGCUAAGGCCAUCAAUAGUGACACUACCAAUAUCCAAAGGGACUCACAGGUGGGAACUUUGAGUUACAUGUCACCUGAAGCAUUCAUGUGUAAUGAAAGCGACGAGAACGGGAUCACAAUUAAAUGUGGGAGGCCAUCCGAUAUUUGGUCACUGGGUUGCAUCCUAUACCAAAUGGUGUACGGAAGAACGCCAUUUGCCGACUACAAAUCCUUCUGGUCGAAAUUCAAAGUCAUAACCGAUCCAAACCACGAGAUCACGUACCCUCCGGUCUCGAAUCCAUGGCUUCUCGACCUGAUGAAGAAAUGUCUAGCCUGGGACAGGAACCAAAGAUGGAGAAUCCCUCAGCUCUUGGAACACCCUUUCAUUGCCCCUCCAGUCCCACCACGAGACAAAAGCCGCGUCAAACUGCUCGACCUCAUAGCAGAGUCUUGUGGCAACAGCGGUGAAACCGCCUCUGCCUUGAUCUCUCGGCUCGGAGAGCUGCUCAUAGAUCCGGAUUCAUGUCCGAGAACCGAUUCGGUAACGUCGAGAGAUCAACAUUGUCGAAUCCUCAUCCGGGUUUCGGAGAUUUGUGCUCAGCUUCAGGAACUGUUGCAAACUGAUUCAUUGUGACUAUUUUGUUCUUGCGCUUCUGUAAAUUGGCUUGUUGAUUGUUAGCUCUAUGCAAAGAUGAAAUCUUUUUUGUACACUGACGAUGUAAUGAAUGCCCUCUCUUUGUUUUGUUUGUUUA